AUGAUUGGAGGAGUGUUCUCGCUCUGGUUUCGUGGGAUGCCGUUUAGCGUUAGUGCGGCGAUUGGCUUCAUUGCGCUUUCCGGCAUCGCUGUCCUGAACGGGCAGGUACUGGUCUCGGCAAUCCAGGCAAUACGAGACCAAGGAGCGCCGCUGUUGGAGGCCGUGACGGUAGCGGCAAGACAGCGGCUCCGCCCAGUUCUGGCGACAGCGAUCACCGACGCCGUAGGAUUCUUGCCAAUGGCCAUCUCGACGGGCGUUGGCGCCGAGGUCCAACGGCCCCUCGCUACGGUGGUCAUCGGAGGAGUGGUCACGACGACGCUUCUGACCCUGCUGGUGUUGCCUGUGCUCUACUUCCGGCUUUCGAACCGAAACUCGGAGAGCUAG